GGGGGGGAUUGGGCUGUUCACUGGCAAAAGGGUCUGUCCAUUUCUCCUUCACAGGGGGCCCAGAUCAGCACAUCCUAGGAAAGCUAUGGGCAAGGAAAGCUCAUGCUGGGACAAGAUGUACUGGAAUGAGUUCCUUGGCCUCUCCCAGAAGGCAUCUGCUAUGGGCUCACACAUAAACAUAUAGACUCUUGUGUCUAUUUCCAAGAACAAGAACUGAGAAUAACCACCGGAGUACAGGUUCCAGGGCUGUGAGCCAGUUGGAUGCUUCCAGGUGAGAGGAUGGAGGUUUUGAGGCAGGCUGUCAGUCAGAGGCCAAGUGUGAAGGCUAGGCCAUGAACCCUUCAGUAGGUGUCACACAAUGCCUCUGCAUGUGCUAUGUAGUCUGCUGACUACUCAUUUGACUCACAAAGUCCUACUAAGCCUUCCAAACAGUCUGCUGGUUUCCUACUUCCCCACUCGCGAAGCAGAAUUAAUUCUUCAUCUGCACCCCGAAAGUGUUAUGUGAAGAGUGCAAUGUCAGCUCAAAUACUGCAUUGUGAGUGCUUUGUUCAUUAGGCUGCAAUCUUCUUGUUACAUUUAUCUCGGUAUUUCUAGAGCUUAGUCUCUUGAGAUUCACCUAAGGAGGUGCUAAGGAAUGACAGGGUCCAGUUGAGUGGGACUGAGAGCAGGGGUGUUCAGGAAUGCAGGUUCAGGGACAAGAUGAGGGCACUGUGGACUAGUGAAGGUUGCAGAUGGGAGAACUUCAGUAGGUAGGACUUGGGGAAUGUUGAGUGUUGGUGAGAGAAAGGAAUCUCAAGUAAGUUUCUAGUUUCUGGCUUGAGAAACUGGUUGGGCUGGUGAUGCCAUUCAGAAAGUUGAGUUUUAGGUGUCUGUUAGAUGUUCAUUUGGAGGGGGACAUAAAAGUCUCAGGAGAGAUCUGUGCUAGGGAUUUGGGAAUCACAGCCUAGAGGUGGUAAUGAAAGUCAUAGAUAUCAAUAAGAUAUCCAUAGUAAGAUAAUGAGAAGAGACACUGGCUCAGAAUAGAAGUGAGGAGCAUUUAUUAGGUGGGUUAAGGAAAAUGAACCAGUAAAAGUGACAAGAUGAGGCAUGGCCAUAGAUGGAAGAGUAAAACCAGGAAAUUAGAUAUUUUAAUGUGAAAGGAUUAGGGAGUUGUCAGCUCUCAAAUGCUGCUGAAUGGUUUGUUAAAAUGAGAGAAGUCAGAGGCCUGGCAGGAGGCCAUCAGGGCAGGUUACCCCGGGCGAGGGACAGGGCUGAUCCCCGUUGACCUGCAGCCGUCACUCUGCUGACUAUCUCUGCCGGCUUCUGCGUCUGCUCACUGAAGAAGCUGAACAGGCAAGAGGAAUCUUUUCUCUUGGGUGCAUAGGUCCCCAUUGGCAGAGACUUUGAGUCCUAGUCGCCACAGCCAUCUGCUGCGAGGAUUGAGACCAGAGUAUUCCUUUAGGAAUGAGUUGUACAACUGAGAAGGCACUUGCUGAUGCUAAAGCUCUUGUUGAGAUAUUGAGAGAUCACGAUGAUGCCGCAGAGUCUCUCAUCGAGCAAACCACAGCUCUCAACAAGCAAGUAGAAGCAAUGAAGCAGUAUCAGGAAGAAAUUCAAGAACUUAAUGAAGUUGCAAGACAUCGGCCACGGUCCACGUUAGUCAUGGGAAUCCAGCAAGAAAACAGACAAAUCAGAGAACUGCAACAAGAGAACAAAGAGUUAUGUACCUCCCUGGAAGAACAUCAGUCUGCCUUGGAACUUAUAAUGAGCAAGUAUGGAGAGCAAAUGUUUAGAUUGCUAAUGGCUAGCAAAAAAGAUGAUCCGGAGAUAAUAAUGAAGUUAAAAGAGCAGCACUCCAAGGAAUUACAGGCACAUGUUGACCAGAUAACAGAAAUGGCAGCAGUAAUGAGGAAAGCCAUUAAAAUUGAUGAGCAACAGGGUUGUGAAGAACAGGAACGAAUACUUCAACUUGAACAAGAAAACAAGGGCUUGAGAGAGAUCCUUCAGAUUACUUGAGAAUCAUUUUUGAACCUUAGGAAAGAUGAUGUGUCCAAAAGUUCAUCUUUGUCAGCUUUAGUGACCAACAGUGACCUGAGUCUGAGGAAGAGCUAAAGAGCUUCUCGGUCUCAGAGCUUCUUACAAGGCUCCAGACUUUGGUCACUGGGACUGGCCUACUGCAGUGACUGAGUGAAUGGGAAAAUCAGUCUCAAGCUACCUUUUGUUUUAUUUUUUUUCUAUAAUAUAUACAGUGCACUGGCAAUGUCAUUUUUAAGAGAGAGCAACAAAAAAAAAUGAAUGGUUAAUGGUCAAUAAACUUUAUUCCAUGAUAAAAUUGAAAAGUAGAAACUCAGCCUUUGUUAAAUGGUAAAGAUUCCCAUGGUGACUGCUGAGCAUAUCAAGAGGUUUCAGCAGUGCUUCGGCCUUCUGGAUGCCGGUGGGAUCAACAAGGAUAUUCCCAUAAAUGUUUGAGAAUUCAUAAAAUGAUCCAGUUGGUCACGGUUUUGUGAAUGGAGAAUUGUCAUACUGUUGUCCUCCCUGUUUUGUGUCUAAGUUAGCAAAUAGCUUAUAUACCAUGAGACUUCAGUUUUUAAUGAUUGUCUGUCUACCUCCCCAUUAAUUUUUAAUUUUUUUCCAAGAAAAUUCAGUUCGAAAGGCUGCAGGAAUGUUGACAUGAACCAUAAACAAUGGAAGAAAUUUAAUUUUAGCUAAUUUACUAUAAUUAAUACUCACUAACAAUUGUCAACAACUUGCUUAAGGAUAUAUGAAAUACCAUUUCAGGAAUGAAGGAGAAGGAAUACUACUUUCUAAGAAAGAAGAUCUUAUAAGAGACUUAUUAGUAGGUUAAACUACUCCUUUGAAAGAAUAAGUUUGGGUCUAAAUCAACAAUAAAGAUGAAAUUUUUCUCUUCUCUGGUUGAUCUUUAAGGAUAUUAUCUAGCUCAUUUAGCUAGCGAAGGUGAAACGUUGAUAGAGCAAGCUAGGUAUGGUAACCUCAAAGUAAAUUGGGAAUUCUUCUGCCUCGUAGAACCCUUUUUAAAAAGUAAAUACUCUUAAAUUAAAAAAUUUUUUUUGAUCUUUUCUUAAGCUCCAUCCAGUCCAUAUAACCUGUAAGAUUUUUCUUAUAAUCCUUCAGUUAAUGGGGAUAAAAAUCUGUGGGUUUAGAAGUAUUUGUUUUGUUUUUUACAGAAAAUGUAUUUAGUAUAUAAAUUUUUUAAAACAAAUCUUAAGUUUGGGUAAAUGGGGUUGAUUGAAUAGGAAAAGGGCAAACAGCCCAGUCAUUAAAUAGAUUUCUUUUCUCAUUCAGAGGCCUUAAUUGAUAUUUUUUAAAUAAAUGAUAUUUUUUAUUUUUAAACUUUUCUAUUGGGUUUUGGGAAAGUAUCCCUUAAUUGAUGGCACAUUCAAUCAUACAGUGUUUAUCCCAAGUCAGAAUUAAAGAAACUACACAGUUAAAACUAAGUCUGAGGUAAUCCAUUGAGGCAGCUCUAUUAUAAAAAAUCACUUCAUAAAUAAUUAUUUUUAUAAAAAUUAAGUUGAGUUAAUUUAUGCUUGGUUGUCUUACAUGGGUAUAAUUUUAAGAUUCUGGUGUUUAAAGACAUUUACUUUGUUAUAUACUUAAGUUUUCCAUCCUAUACUUUUUUUUUUGUAUCAGAACCUUAGAUUUGUGUCUGAGAAUAUCUACUGCAUAAGAACCUAUUUUAUCAAUAAAGAUGAGUGAUUAAAAAAAAA